UGCUACAGUCCUGUGAUGAUAGGGACGUCAUCAUGAUCUCCCCUUUCUCUCUCACUCUCAUCCACAGGCUUUAUUAUUACACGUAAUGCAGUUCAUUUAUUUUAUGUAAUAAUGUGCUCGUUGUGUAUUUAGCUGACACGUUUAGCGCAUCUACGUAGUUCUUUGUAAACUAUCUCAGGGUAAGCAGCCAACAGCUGCAAGCUAACAGUAGCUUUAGCUGAGGUGCAGUGCAGCUAGCUAACAGUACAGCUGUUGACUCCACCGACUCUCCGUCCAUCCCGCUGCCGAAGAAGAGGAGCAAAUGAACGAGCUGGUGAAGAGUUUGCCUUCCCCGACUUUCCCGGGGCUUCACCUGACGUGUCUGGACAGCGGGACCUACAAAGGCUGGCUCUUUAAAUGGACCAACUACCUGAAGGGUUACCAGCGGCGGUGGUUCGUCCUUAGCAACGGCCUGCUGUCCUAUUACAGGACUCAGGCAGAAAUGGCACACACCUGCCGGGGAACCAUUCCGUUGGCAACAACACACAUAGAGGUGGGAGACACCUGCCACUUGGUGUUAACUAGCAGAGGGCGAAGCUACCACCUGAAGGCGACCUCUGAGGGGGAGUGUCAGCGCUGGGUCACCGCCCUGCAGCAAGCUAAGGCUAGUUCCUCUCUGCUGAUGCAUCACUCAGAUGACUCAGGAGAUGAAGGUCCUGUACCUCAGGAGUAUCGAGCCCUAACCCAAGGGGUGCUCAAGACUCUGGCCAGCAAGCUAGACGACCUGAGCACCUGUAAUGAGCUGAUAGGAAAGCACGGCGCCGCCCUCCAGCGCUCACUCAGCGAGCUCGAAGAUCUACGUGGAUCCUCUGAAAGCUCGGACAAAGUGAAAGCCGUUAAUGAGCGAGCCACGCUUUUCCGCAUCACCUCCAAUGCUAUGAUCAAUGCUUGUCGUGACUUUCUGGACGUAGCUGAAUCCCAAAGCCGGAGAUGGCAAAAGACACUGCAGUAUGAGAGAGAGCAGCGUCACCACCUGGAGGAGACCAUCGAACAGUUAGCCAAACAGCACAACAGCCUGGAGAGAGCCUGGAGGGAGAAUCCCACCUCAUACACAGGAGUGGAGCGUUCUCAGGAGGGGGACGCGAGUGAUGAGAAUGACGACGCAGAGUUCUUCGAUGCCAUGGAGGACUCCCGUGCAUUCAUAACUGUGACUACUGGCAGCAUACGGCAUAAGCGCUCAGGGAGUAAUCAGAGUAUGAUGAGUGGAGGAAUGUCCAAUGACUGGACUCAGAAUGAGAAUGACACCUCAGGCACAAACCACAUCCAGCUACGAAGAACAAGACGCAGCCGUAUUCCUGACAAACCAAAUUACUCCCUUAACCUGUGGAGCAUCAUGAAGAACUGUAUUGGCAAAGACCUGUCUAAGAUACCCAUGCCUGUAAACUUCAACGAGCCGCUGUCGAUGCUGCAGCGUCUGACGGAGGAUCUGGAGUACAGCGAGCUCCUGGACCGGGCGGCUCGCUGCGACUCAUCUCUGGAGCAGAUGUGCCUGGUGGCUGCCUUCUCCAUCUCCUCGUACUCCACCACAGUCCAUCGCACAGCCAAGCCCUUCAACCCUCUGCUGGGGGAGACCUACGAGCUGGACCGGUUGGAUGAGUAUGGUUAUCGCUCCAUCUCUGAGCAGGUUAGUCAUCACCCACCAGCUGCUGCCCACCAUGUGACAUCACAGCGGGGAUGGACCCUGUGGCAGCAUAUCACUAUUGAUAGCAAGUUCCGCGGGAAAUAUAUCUCUGUCGUGCCAUUAGGAAACAUUCACCUGCAUUUCCACUCAAGCGGGAAUCAUUACGUGUGGAGCAAAGUGACCUCAACGGUUCACAACAUUAUUGUUGGGAAACUUUGGAUUGAUCAGUCUGGGGACAUUGACGUUGUAAACAACACCACCAAGGACACCUGCCGUCUCAAAUUCUCCCCCUACAGCUAUUUCUCCAGAGAUGUCCCACGCAAAGUGACAGGAGUGGUGGAGGACAGAGGGGGCACAGCCCAUUACAUCCUGUCAGGAACAUGGGACGACAAGAUGGAGAGCGCCAAAAUAGUGGACAGCAGCCAAGGAUGUGGAGGCUCUGAAGGCAAACAGAAGACAGUUUACCAGACUCUUCAGCCCAAAAUGCUGUGGAAAAAAUACCCUCUCCCAGAUAAUGCAGAGAACAUGCACUAUUUCUCCUCCCUGGCUCUUACUCUUAAUGAGCAAGAAGAUGGAAUAGCGCCCACCGACAGUCGUCUGAGGCCGGACCAGCGGCUGAUGGAGGCGGGAGUCUGGGAUGAAGCAAACAUCCAGAAGCAGCGUCUGGAGGAGUGUCAGAGGCUGGAGAGGAAAAAGAGGGAGGCGCAAGCCAAUCAGGCUCUGGAGGAAGGGCAAGACAUCGAGGGUUAUCAGCCACUGUGGUUUGAGAAGAGGACGGAUGAUUCGGGGGAAAGCACCUACAUCUACAGGGGCGGCUACUGGGAAGCCAAAGACAGACAGGACUGGAGCCAAUGCCCCGAUAUCUUCUAGGACAGAGGUUCCCCUUACAGCAUGUCCUCAGGAAAGCUGAGUGGUUCCUCCUUAUGAAAGGUUACUCCAUGGCUUAUGGACAGCUGUUUGUUUGUGUGUGUGUGUGUGUGUGUGUGUGUGUGUGUGUGUGUGUGUGUGUGUGUGUGUGUGUGUGUGUGUGUGUGUGUGUGUGUGUGUGUGUGUGUGUGUGUGUGUGAACAAAGUACUGAAAGCAGCCGUCACUCCCAGAAUUUCAAGCACAAAACAAGCUCCUACUUCCUUCUCUCUUCUGAUAUACUCUAACUUAUCUUGUCAGAAUGCAUGGCUUCAGUGUGUGUGAGUUGUAUGUGUAAGCUUAUUCAACACCGCGAAGAACUGAUUUAUGAGAGCACAUAGACUUCUCAUGUGUGUCUGUGUGUGUUGAGAGGGGGGGAUAGUGCCGGGGAAGUUUUGGUACUGAAUGUCUUGUUCUCCUCAAAGCUGGAACAACAUGUUCUUCAUGCUGUGCUCUGACAGAGACGCCAGGAUUUAAAGGAAAGUAGCAGGACUACGCUUUCUUUGACUUCUUCACAGCAGACCUUUAUUUAAUGAUCCUGCUGAUACAUUGGGAAUUUUUACUCAAUUGCCCAAACUGUAUCUUGAAGGGUUUACUGGACGCGCAUUUAAAAGCAGGAGUCGCACUUUUUGGACGGACUGAAUACACUGAUGUUGCACAGACACUGCUGCUUCCCACAUCUUGACAUCAAGCUUCUGUUUGACUAUAUUAAAGGAGCACCCCCCCCCCCCCCUUAUUAGCUAUUACUACACAGCCUGUGGAAACAGUUGUACAGUUGUAUGUUUUAACAGGCUCUGCAGAAAAUGUGUCCCUUAAGUAACUUCACUUGAGUAAUCUCUGAAAACACUAUUAGGUUGGAUUAUGGGAAAUGAAGGCUGCAUAGUUUUUUUAGCUUGACCCCUACUAAGAGUAAGGAUAUCUAGACCUCUGUUGCAUCUAUUCGGAUCACUUUCUUUUAAAUAUGUCUUUUAAGACUUAAUGCAAGCGCAACAGUAAUUAGCUGCAUGACCACACCGGAAACACUAAACCGGCUAAGCCUGGGGGAUUUUUUUCAGCAAAGAAUUAUAUUGGUGCUCAAUGGUAAUUUUAGCCUUAAUUAUGUAAUGAAGUAGUAAAUCCCAAGUAAUCACUGCAUCCCUAACUCUGAGAUUGUGUACAGAUUAUAGAAAUCCAUCCGGCUAUUUUUAGUUUGAGGGGAUAACAUUCAGGGUGAUUUAUUCUUGGUUUUCUCAUACUAUAAAGUAGCAACAAACUUGUUUUCCCAAUAGAAUAAACAGUAGAAAUUGCUAGCUCUGCAUUGGUGUCAAUAAUAACAUUUAUUUGGACAUGGCAGCUACUGCACGGUAACAUAGGAAGAAAAUACUCCCAGGUCAGAGACGUUUUAUGCAGCACAAUAGUAUGUUUUGGUUUUCAAUUAGCUGAAGGAUCAUUAUGUAAAGACAUCUGAUUCAAACACAUCAGUCAGGACCAGGAAACCUUAUUAAAGUACGCUUAGCAAUAGUUUUUGUGUGUACAUUAGUAGUAAAUAUAAAUACUAUAACCAAAAUAUAUUAACCUCUGUAUUUAUAGUUUUCAUCUAGCGGUUUACUAUAAUAGGGCAUGAUGCACAUGUACAUUUAGCCGGUUGCUUUUUGCCUGUAUAUAGCAAGAUUAUAAUAGAAAUAGAAUAGCCUAAUGUAGAAUCACUGUAAGGAAAUAUUGUUUCACAUUACUUGAACAUUUUGGGCACUUCUUAAAAUCUAUGUUUAUCUUAAAUGCAGUCAGGACUGUAUACUGAGAUGUUGGAGGAAUUAAAUGAUGAUUAUAAUAUAUAUAAUAAGAUGAAAGAAAUAAGGUGUUGUUUAAAUAAAGCACAAUGUUAUGUUGUCUUGCAGGUAAUUAUCAUGGUAAUUAUAAUAUAAUCUCAACAUAUAGCAUGGUUUUAGAGUGCUUAAGCAUAUCUGUAGUGGAAAGCCUCUUCACCUAGCUAAUUGUUUGGAUUCUUUACUGAAACAUGAUGUGAACUCACCUUUUGUGCCCAAUGAUCUGAAAAAUGUUAUAUUUUUUAGCUCAAUAAAAACAUAAAGCUG